AUGACUUCCAAUGAACCAAUUGUGAGUGGUUUUUUAGUGAAAUUGUUUUGAAACUAUAUUGUUUUUUCAGCUUAACGAUGAUGUGUGUUAUAAAUUUAUAGUACCCGUAAGUCAAGAAUUCACAGAAGAACCAAUUGAUAUGAGAAUGAACAAAAGAGAGCAAAAACAAAGAACUAUGUAUGAGAAAAAAUUAAAGGAAUUGCAAAAAAAGAAUGAUCCAAUUAUGGUGAGUUAAAAUUUUCAUCAAAUUUGGUAUAUUUUUUCUAAUAGGCAUGCUCAAAAUGUCUACUGAUUUUUGAUGAUUUUCUCAUUUAUACAAUUCAUAUGACAAUGCAUGGAUCAAAUAAUAUGCCUUUAUGGUUUUGUUCAAUGUGUCGGCAACAAUGUUCAAAUCGUUAUGAUUUUCUUGUGCACACAAUUUCCAAAGAACAUCCAUUUGUCCCUUAUGGUGUUUCAAUUCCACCUGAUAUUCCAUAUAUUGGACCAUUUCCAGAUCUAACUAUUUUUCUCAACAAUCCAUAA